CCCCAUCUGGCUCUCUCACUCCUUUUGUAUCCCUCUCCUUUUCCUUUGCUGAACCGCUCUCCCUAUGUGUUCGUCGGCACGGAGAGGACACUCUCGUUUCGGGAUCCGUUGAGGUUGCACACGUUUUCACGAACAGUGCCGCCGGUUUUACUGCGACGCGCUCUAUUCUACGUUGAUCGUACUCGAUACCGUGCGUUAUCAUUCCGGCGAGUUUCCGAUUUUUACGAAUAGUCCGUUCGAAAACGUCUGUUUAUUAUAAAAGCAUCGUAUGCGAUGCCGUGCGGUAGUGUUAUGUAGUGUGUGACAGUACGUCGCAAGAGGAUACAGUGUUGCCAGAUCGUAGGCGCGAAUCGACACGGCAAAAGCGGUACCUUGAUCGCUUGAAACAUCGUGAUUAAAUCACGUGUGUGUUUCUAGAAGGACACAUCGAUCGACUCGUUUUGUUUGUGAUAACAAGUGAUAAACGUAACGACGGCAUAGUCGAUUCUCGAGUUGAUCGGGUAAUACGCCAGUGACAUUUGGUGCGGUGCUAUCGACGAAAUAGAGUUGGCAACGUUGCAUCGACUGGUCUCUCACACAAAUAUACGCAUACACGUACCUAGAAGGGAACUUGGGGUGGCUGGCUAGCAGGCAGGCGGCAGGCAGGCAAGCAGGCAGGCAGCUUUCUUGUUCCGAGGACGGCGCUCCUGGUCGCGCCGUCUCUCUUUUCUACCUCCAUUGCGCUUGCUCUUCUCUCCCUCUUCUCCCCACCCUUCUCGUCCUCGGUCACUCAAUCACACUCUCCUUCUUUUGCUUUCUCUAUCUUUCUCUCUCCGUUGUAUGCGCGGCGCACGUACCGUUGAGAGUUUCUCCCUUCCCCUUCUGAUACUCUUUCUCUACCGUUACCCCCUCCCCUCCUAACCUCGAGCGGGUCGGGCGAGUCCACUAAGCUUGCGAGGGGAGUUCGGCAGACCUCGGCUCUAGUCGGCCUCGAUCCGCAGAAUGUGCUAGACGCUGUGAGUCGAUCGCUCCAGUUUUUACAUAUUCGUAUAUAGACAGACUCAACGCCGUUCACGAGGCUUUAAAACGUCCUACUGCACUUCGUACACGUAUCCACGAGUUUCCAGUGCCUAUAUCGACGUUAGUUUUCACCAUCAGUUUCGGACGCACUCGAUCAGCGUAUAUCCGUACGACGGCCAUGUUUGGUGUUUACGAGGUGAGGGGGAAUUGCUGACGUCACGAACCCCGAUCUUGCACGAAGGGAGUAGCAGCACCAGCAGAAGCAGAAAACGUGUGUUGCCGGCCAACACCAGGCACCACUAUAAGUCUCGAUACCAAUUCGGAGACGAGACACACAAGUCGAGCGUACUCGUAUUCCUCGACAAAUAUCGUACGCAGAUUUAUCCGUAAGGUGAACACACGUAGAAGAAACUCGCGGCGCGCAAACUGUGCCGCUUGAAAUUCCCUUCCCGAUGGGACGUGCGUGUACGCCGACUUCGCUCGUGUUCGCCGGUCUUGCCGCGACUACUGGCCUUUCAAAAAACAUCGGUCGCAUUGCCGCCUCGCUGCUGAAAUAGCAGCCACUCUAAUCACCAGUCGGUCGACUCAGUCCCAAUCAGUGCGAAAAACAUCGAGCAAUGCCGAGUCUUCUCGUAUACGAGACAACACGUGUUUAUUGUGUUUACACGGUGUGUCAUCUCGAUUAAAUUAGAGCAUCGUGGUCAGAUUACGGUAUAGGUACAUAUGGUGUUACGUUACUCAGUGUGGUUUUUUAGUGACACCCUCCACUCUUUUAUUGGAUAUAUUAACAGCUUUUAUUACGGAUCUAACGAACAAGGAUUAGAAACAUGGAUCUAGGUGACAGAGUUUACGCCGCGGAACGGAUUAUAAAGAAGAGGGAAAAGCGGGGCAAAGUAGAGUAUUUCGUAAAAUGGAAAGGAUGGAGCAAAAAACACAACACAUGGGAACCCGAAGAAAACAUUUUAGACGUCAGGUUAAUUGAAUUAUACGAAGAAAGUCAAAAAGGUGGAGAUGUGACUGCAAGGAGACCUAGGCGGAGGGAUACUAGAUAUAGCGAACACGUUCUGGCAAACUUGGUCGUCGAGGAAGAGCCCGGCGGAGACGAAAGAGUCGGAGAAGAUAGUCAAGACGAAUCAACUAUCGGUAGCACCUCCGCGCCUCGCCUAAAUCCCGUUGCACCUGACGAAGACACGCUUCCGAGUUCCGUCGAUGGGCACGAAUCGCCAACAGCCCCAGAAUUAUCUGCAUCCGCGUUCAGUGUUGAUUCAGAUUGUUCCAAUAGUAGUAUAGACAGUCCUCUACUGCCUAGGAGAGAACCGACUGGUACGAAAAGAAAGGCCGAGGUUCUCAGCAAAGAAUCAGGAAAAAUUGGUGUUACCAUUACUACGAGCAGUCCAAGCAGCGGUAGUGGAAGUCCUCCUCCAAACAAAAUACCUCGGCUAUUGCCCCUGAAGAGUAACCCAACGUCUCCCUCUUAUCACAGUCACAAGGUAAACGGCAGGAGGCCGUCAUCGUCAAGCGUGAAGUCGACACCGGAGGAACCGCUGCCAGCAGUGCCAACGACACCAGCUCCAGCGGUGCAAGAGAAAAAGCGUGCCGAAGCUGACGUGCCUCACGGUCCUCCACCCUCGCUGCCGCGUGCACCGCCAGCACCUCUCUCCCCCCAGAUAGACACGCCUCUGGAACAGCCUACCAAAAAGAGGCACUUGUCUGAACAAAAACAAGAGAAGUCGAACGGAGCUGUGACAGUAGAUGCGAACGGUCACAAGUCACCUAGCCCUACUGAUUCAUAUACAAACAACAACAGGUUACCAACCGUCGUCAAUGGGCAUCAUAGUCAUAACAAUAGCAACAAUCAUAACAACAACAGUAAUAGCAACAAUAGCAAUACAUCGAGCGUGAAGCAGACGGAAAUCUCGAAGUCCGACAUGUAUGUCCCUCUUUCAAGUCCUGGUACGGAUUACUGGCACGCGCGGAAUCCAGUUGCCGAUCAGGUGUUCAUUACAGACGUGACGGUAAAUUUGAAGACCGUUACCAUCAGGGAGUGCAAGACUGAAAAAGGAUUCUUCCGGGAAAGGGAUCCAAAGAGCGAUAUCUAUUAACGAUCUUUAAAUAAGGACGCUUUAAUGCGAAUUUCUAAUACUGAACCAGCUUGUAAAUAUAAAUUAUUUUCACACGUUGAAGUGUAGAGUCGAAAAUGCUGAACAUAUAUAUAUACACACACAUAUACGUAUAUAUAUAUAUAUGUAUAUACAUACAUACAUAGAUAUGUAUGUAUUGACAUCAAGCUAUAUAUACAUACAUAUAUAUAUAUAUAUAAAGACUUUUUCUAAAAAAGUAAAACGGACUCUUUUUUGGUGAUUGCGAAGAGGAUGAUCGAGGUUAUGUGUAAUUACAAAGAAAUUGUUCAACUCGCAGUUUGCUAGAACAAGAUGUUAUGUGAACCUAAAAUUGAACGUGGAUUUGAUUGGGGACAAAAAUUCGAACGGUCAGUUCCGACGUGUCGAAUAGAAAAUUAUCGUGUAAGUCAGCGGAUAAAAGAUAAUAAGACUAUCGUUAUGCGACAAGUAAACGCGAAAGAACAACGGUACAUGAGUCGCUGUCACAUCGUGAUAUACACUUGUACAUUUUAAAGACGCUUGAUAGACCGUAAACUCUCUGUACCAAAAUCAGACAAAAAGAAAAUGCAAAAAGAUCUGAAAGAAACAUUUUAGAGGAUAAAUAACAUUUUCUCAAUUGAUUGCAUUUCCGCUUGUAUUAGAAUUCUGCAGAAAAAAAAAGAUAAAGAAUGGUGGAAUACCAUUGUAAAUUAGUUAAUUUCAAAUUUUACUAUGGUAAAAUAGUACAGAUCUGGAAAGAAAUAUUUUUCUAAUUCAUUUUUAGAAUAAUCAAAGCAGCUUCGUAGAAGCGUUUUAAGAAAAUACUAAAAAAAUGAAUUUUCGAGUAUAUAGAAACAAAAAUAACAAAAAUGGAACUAAUGUUAUCUUGAUGACGUAUUUCUCAGCAUUAUGAUAUUAUAUUGUAUUUAACUGAUGAAUAUCACUCUCAUUUUUUUCUCUUUUUCUUAGCGAGUAAUAUUUUGUCACAAAAAGAAAAGAAAAGAAAAGAGGUGUAUUAUUCGUUCGUAGAUUUUAGAUUUGUUUAGAGGCACGAACGCAUUAUUGAUUUUUUUUUUUUCAAGUUGUUAUAGCAUCACACUUACACAAACAGACCUACAUACAUACACAUACAGUUCAAUGCACAGUGACAAACAAGCUGAAAAAGGGAAGCAAAACGAUGUACGUUAUCAACAACAUAGUACAUGAUAACUUUGUAAUCUAUAUAACAUGUUUUAUAUCGGUUGUCGGUGUUUUUGUUACGAAUCGAUUAAGUAUUGUUUAAACGUGUUAGAUGUUGCAUUUUUUUAUACCUCCAAAGGUAUCUUUUCUUUCAUUUCCCUUUUUUUCCAUUUGAAUUUAAGGACUGACUGCGUAUUAUACGUUUUCAUACACGCGACAUUUAAUUCCAACGAUAUAUAUACUUACGAAUAUGUAUUUCGAGAAAUAUUUAUGCAUAUCCUUGAGAGAGGGCCAUUUUAUUUUUUUAAGAUGGGUUGUCGACGUGUAUUCACCAAAUAGGAAUGUUCCUACCUCGAAAACGGUCAUCUUGAACAGAGAAUCGAGUACAACCAAAUUCUAACGAUCUUCUAUCCAAACAAUGUAAUUAAUUAAUGUCGUUAAACUUCUUCAAAGAUUGACUCUAUUCUCUUCCUUUUAUUUCAUUUCAUGUUUCUUUUUCUUUUUAACCUCCGCUGCACCGUACAUCUGGCGCCGCGUGUCCACCAAUUUCGGAACCAGUAAAUUCGUGAUACGGUUAAUUGUAUAAGCGUAAAUCUUAAAAGGAAAAAAAUACAUAUACGUUGCUUAUUUAUUGUAACUAAUAUAAAGAAAGAAAAGUUUUUUUGGUUUUUACAUUCUUAGUAUAGUAUUAGAGACUAAUGCGCACAAUACGUCCCAUUUUAUGAGAAUAGAACGAGCCUCGUUCGAAAGACUUUCCUUCUCUGUCGUACAUUACAAUUGAUUAACUAUAAUUUAAAAUGAUAAGUCGACGAUACAUUAGUAAUAAAUGUUUAAUAUUUCCUCCUUUUUUUUUCUGAUUGACUAUGUACGAUCUAUUUCGAAGAGAAAAGCAGAAUUAUAACGAUUUAUCUUUUUAAACGGGAAAUGAAAAUGGGACUAUUUGUGUGUGGUUAGGUCGCGCGAUUUCUUGUAAUUCGCAUUUGCAAGGAAUUUUAAAUACACGUUUAUUAAAUUGUUGUGUAAUGUAAACCAAUACACUCUGUAUAUUGAGAGAGAAAUAUUCUGUAAAAAUUGUAAAUAGUUGAACACUUACAAUUCUAUGAUAACAGAGCGAUUUUAGAGCGAGAGUGAGAAUGAAAGAGAGAGAGAGAGAGAGAGAGAGAGAGAGAGAACGCGUAGCUUUAGACCUUUCAGUUUAUCAUAAUUGUAAAUAGAGAAACGGAAAGCAAGAAACCCCUUUAAGUUGUAAAUGUAAGAAUCGCAGAACUGCAGAUCUAGGAGAAAAAUCCUUUUUAGCUUUAGAGACUUUGAGAUAGACUGUGCGCGUACCUUCAAUAUUGUUUCUGUACUUAUAGAAAUAUUCAGAUUCUACUUAUAACGAUUUAAAAAAAAAAAAAGAUGAAGUCAACACAGAUACACAUACACCGACACAAGGAGAGAGGAAAAAAUGUGAAAAGAUAACCCAGCGAUUACGCAGGAAUAUACGAUGCGAACCCCGGUAGUACCAAAUUUAAACGGUAAUUUUAGUUCUGUCUGGUACAGAUUCCUUAUAUUUCAAUAAAAUCUUUAUUUGAAUUUUU